GUAUUUUUCGCAGUUUUUUUCGCUGUUUAGGAAGUGAAGCAAUAUUUGUAUUCUCUUUGUCUCCAGGUAUGUUUCCAGUUGCCCGGAUUCAAUCCCUUCCUUCCAAUUCGAGAAUUCAGCUGCAAACUUAAUUCAGCCAAAAAGUUUAUGUGUUGUGGCAACUGCGAGCUGGCUGGAUGUCUUGACAGAGUUGUAAAUACAAGCUUCGUCCUCAGUUCACUCAUGAUGUGCUUGUUACAGAUCUUCUCUCUCUGAGAAAACGCUUGGAUUAGCUCUCUGCGAGUGAGUUUCAGCCAUGGCUGUAAGCAGUGGUAUCUCUGCUAUACGUAGGGUGGCUAUAUUUGGAGGCACCCAUGGAAAUGAACUCACUGGAGUUUUUCUAGUUAAGCACUGGCUAAAGCAUGGAGGGGAGAUUACCAGAUCGGGUUUGGAGGUGAGACCCUUUAUUACCAACCCAAAAGCUGUGGAGAAAUGUGUUAGAUAUGUUGACACUGACCUGAACAGAGUUUUUGACAAUCAAAGUCUUAGUUUACAAAACAAAGUAAAAAUACCCUAUGAGAUAACACAGGCUCAGGAGAUCAACUCUAUAUUUGGUCCAAAAGGGAGUAAAGAUGCCUAUGAUGUUAUCCUGGACCUUCACAACACUACCUCUAAAAUGGGGGCGACGCUGAUCCUCGAGGAUUCCAAAGAUGAAUUCACAAUUCAGAUGUUCCAUUACAUUCAGAAAACUAUGGCUCCUGUACCUUGCUCUGUACUGCUCAUUGAACACCCGAAAAUAAAAUAUGCAACUACACGCUCCAUAGCAAAACAUCCUAUUGGCAUUGAAGUAGGACCACAACCUCAAGGUGUUGUUCGAGCAGAUAUUCUGGAGAAAAUGAGGGAAAUAGUAUUACAUGCUCUUGACUUCAUGCAACAGUUUAAUGAGGGUUCAGAAUUUCCAUCAUGUAGUAUUGAAGUGUUUAAAGUGAUAGAGAAGAGGGGCUACCCCAGGAAUGAAAAUGGUGAACUUGCUGCUAUUAUUCAUGAAAGUCUUCAGGACCAAGAUUGGAGAGCUCUGAACCCAGGGGAUCCUAUGUUUAUUACAAUGGAUGGGAAAGUCAUACCUUAUGAAGGAGAGCACACCGUGUAUCCAACAUUUGUGAAUGAAGCGGCAUACUUUGAGAAAAAUGAGGCCUUUGUCACAACACAGAAGCUUACAUUAUCUGCAAAAAGUGUUCGGUGUAAAUCUAUAUAAAAUAAUAUUAUUAAAGCCAUAUGCUCAGGUUGCUUACUUGUAUGUACAAUUUCUUAUCAUAGGCUGAUUGUAAUUU